CAUCGAACGUGACUGUAUGAAUUCCUACGCCGGCGCUAUUUGUUCAGUUAAUCUGUACACUUAUGUGGAUACAUUUUCAGUAACGUCGUUAGCUAGCUUAAUUAAUAUUCGAUUUUGGACAACGUUACAGUAGUUAGCACACUAGCUAACUGACAUUAGAUAUCCAACAGAAGAUAAAGAAGUGUCAUAUUCUCUCAACCCCAAAACUAUUUAUUAGAAAGGAGUGAGGAGCAGGAGACGGACUGCAUACAGAAUGACCAGCUCAUCUGCUCCCAGGAUGGUUAACAGCUACAAGCGGACUUCAAGCCCUCGGUCUCCUACAAACAGUGGGGAGCUCUUCACUCCAGCACAUGAGGAGAAUGUGCGUUUCAUCCAUGAUACCUGGCAGUGUGUGCUUAAAGACAUCAGGUCACCACAGAGCAGUGAACGCAGUGACCGUGGACCACAGGAGUACGUGGAAAAGAACCCCAAUCCCAAUUUAAAUUCUUUUACACCAGUUGACCUGAGUGACCUCAGAAAACGCAACUCACAAGACUCCAAGAAGUCCUAGUCUUUCACCUUACAGUCCAAUAGCUUUCUCGACCCAUUAUCAUUGGGAACUAUUCUUCUCCAGUCUUCUGUCACGCAAGUCAGCCAUUCUGGCCAGUCCUGCCCUGGAUGCAGUCCCCUCUCUGCCCCCCUGGCCUGGACUAACAACCGCCUGCGUGUCGUCAAUUUUGUCUUGCCCUACUUCUCUUCUGAAUAAUGUGGAAUGCAAGAAAGCUGGCAUUUGAUUUCCUGGGGAUCUCUAUUCUUGAGAUUCUUAGUUUUACAUUUGUGAAUUUUUCAUUAUCUUUUUUUAAGUGAAUGGGACUGAUGCAGAGUUUCAAUGAAAUAUGCUGACAUCCAUAUGCCGAAGUACAAACUGUGCACAAAUUCUUCGUGGGACACUUUAACGGACUGGUAGUCUUAAAUAGAAACUUUUAUUUUCAAUCUACAAACAACCUUUGAGGAUAAUCCUGGUGGGCUGACUAUUGUUUUUGAAAGAUAGUUUGACAGUUUAUUUGUAGAUGUACUGAAAUUAAAUUAGACUGUACAUGCAGGUUUUGGAACCAAAAGUUGUUUAGUGGAGAUUUUUCAUAUAAAUGAAGCCCCUAAAGUGAACUUCAAGUAGAUUCCCCAAUAUGCUCCCCACAUUGACUUACGUUGAAUAAAAUGUUUUUACAAUACUUCA